ACGAAAAAGCAAACAAAAGAUUCUCAGAAGCAAACAUGAAUAAAGGCAGCAGCUUUAAGCUGGACAACGAUUUCGAAAAGAGGAAGGCUGAAGCUGGAAGGAUCAGGGAGAAAUACCCUGACCGUAUUCCGGUGAUCGUGGAAAAGGCUGAAAAAAGUGAAGUCCCAAACAUAGACAAGAAAAAGUACCUUGUGCCAUCAGACCUAACAGUUGGUCAGUUUGUGUAUGUGAUUCGGAAGAGAAUCAAACUAAGCGCAGAGAAAGCUAUCUUCAUAUUCGUAGACAAUGUUCUUCCUCCUACAGGAGAGCUAAUGUCAAGCGUCUACGAGGAUAAGAAGGACGAAGAUGGAUUCCUUUACAUCACUUACAGUGGCGAGAACACAUUUGGUGCUUCUUCAAUCUAAUCCCUUGACCAGUUGACCUGAGAAACGGCCACGUUCUAUUGUUUCCCAUCUUUCAAUUUGUAUGUAUAGUUUGCCUCAAUCUUAUCAUUUCUCAAAUAAUUGUGAUUACAAUCUUCUUUCACUUCUUGAAAUGUACAUAGACUACUAAUCUUUAAAUAUUCUCUUCUUUGGUAUUAUCA